AUGAUGUUCUUCACCUUUUUCUUUUUCGAAAUUGCGAUUUUUUUGGCAGGUGAGUGGGAAAUUUUGGGCGCCAAAAUUUUGAAAAAUAAAAAAAAAAUAUGCGAGGGACCACUGGAAUUUUUGAUUAUUUUUGUUUUUUUGUGAGAACUUUUUGUUUUUUAUUAUUAUUUUUUAUUUUUUUGUUGGAAUAGAGGGUAAAAAUGUCAAGAAAAAACGUAUAUUUAUAUAUUUUUUUUCGAAUUCGAAUUCGCUGAAAAAUGUCAGUUUCAUGUCGAAUUGAGGAGAAAAAAUGCGAAAUAUUUAUGUUCGCUUGGUUUUUUUUUGAAAUGGGAAAAAUAUCGGGAUUUUGAGGAAAAAUCGGAUUUUUCAUCCAAAAUUGAUUUAUUUUAUAAAGAAAAAAGUUGAUUUCAAUUUUUGUUGAAUUGAACAAAUUUUAAAAAUUUCGAAUUUUCAAUUUCAGAUUUUUUUCUGAAACUUUUUCAAAACCAGCUCAUUUUUCAAAUCGGCUGAAUUUCCAGCAGAAUUUUAAAUUUAAAAUCUUCCGAAAUUAAAUUUUAUUUAAAUUCUGAUUCUGGUGGAAAUUCAGAAAAAUUCACCAGAAUCAGAAUUUAAAUAAAAUUUAAUUUCAGAGAUUUUAAAUUUUUUUUAAUUUAAAAUUCUGGUGGAAAUUCAGCUGAUUCGAAAAAUGAGCUGGUUUUGAAAAAAGUUUCAGAAAAAAAUCGUGAGCAAAAGAAUUUUAAUCUGAAAUUUUCGGUUUCGUUUCCAAAGCUUCCAAGUUUCCUAAAAUUUUUGAAAAAUUUCAAAUUUUUCCCUGAAAAACAUCUCCCCUCUACAUAUUUUUAUAUAUUUUUUUUUUCACAACUUUUUCUAUUUAGUAACAAAAAAAAUACAUGUUAUUGAAAUAUAUACAAGCAAAAAUGCUGUGUGUGUGUAUAAUAAUUAGAUUUCGUUGCGCGCAAAAAAUCCACAGGGAAUAUUAUAUGCUCUUUUUUGUCCAACAAUAAGAGCGUAACUAACCUCGGCAAAAAAAAAGAGUAGCCACGCCCAUUUUUGAGAUACUACUGAUUUUGAUUUCAUAUAUUUUUUGAACUCAAAAAUGUUGGGAUUCACUAAUUUUUUGGUGUUUUCUGGGUUGACUUGUUGGUUUUCGGAAGGUUGGUUUAUUGGGACCUUAAGGGCUUUAAAUUCGAUUAUUUUAGCCCUAAGAACCUUAAGUUUAAGGUUCCGAAAAUUCAGAAAAAAUCUAUUUUUUUCCACGUACUUGACGCAUUUUCCCCAAAAUUUUUCAAAUUUCAAAAAAUUUCAAACGCCGUGUUUUUUGGCGCCAAAAAAGUCUCGAGCAAUCAAUCAUGAGAAGAAGAAAGUGAGUGAGUAGCUAUAGUUUCAAAUUUCAAAAAUAUAUUUAUUUCAUAUUUUUCUGUCACUUCGAAUUUCGUCAAAAAAAAAAAUAUGUGGAAAAAUGGAAGGAAAAUAAAAAAGAAUAAAUUAUUCAUAAAUUUCUUUUUCUUACUUUUUUUCGGGGAAAAAAAUGAAAAAAAAACAAUUCAAAUUUUUUUUGAGCAAAAAAUUUGGGAUUGCUCAGAUUAAGCCGCCAAAAUAACAUUGCUCAGGUUAAGGGCCGAUAAUUCAAAACUGAAAAUAUCCAUAAAUUUACAGAUUGCUCUCGAGCUCCGCCUCCUACAGUACUCCGAACCUCAAUGGCUAGUGCAACUGUGCUCCGUGGAGAAGAUAUGGUUUUCACGUGUAUUAUCAAUCAUUUGGGAAGUCAUAUGGUAGGUCGGAUGGCCUAGAAAUCCAAAAAUACCAUUUGGUGGCCUAGAAAUCGAAAGCUAGGGUUUGAUGGCCCAAAAUUGUGACUCGUGUGGCCUAGAAAACCGUAUGAGAUGCUUUGGUGGCCUAGAAAACUGAAAUUAAUGGCCUAAGAUUCCAAUAGGGUAGUUUGGCGGCCUAGAAAUCCAAAAAUAUAAUUUGGUGGCCCAGAAAUCGAAAACUAGAGUUUGAUGGCCUAAACUUGUGACUCUGGUGGCCUAGGAUUCCAAAUCAUGGUCUUGGUGGCCUAGAAAAAUGAAAUUAACGGCCUAAGAUUCCAAUAGGGUAGUUUGAUGGCCUAGAAAUCCAAAAAUACAAUUUGGUGGCCUAGAAACCAAAAACUAGGGUUUGAUGGCCUAAAAUUGUGACUCUGAUGGCCUAGAAAAAUGAAAUUGAUGGCCUAAGAUUCCAAUAGGGUAUUUUGAUGGCCUAGAAACCCAAAAAUAUAAUUUGGUGGCCUAGAAAAUCGAAUACUAGGGUUUGAUGGCCAAAAAAUGUGAAUCUGGUGGCGUAGAAAACCAGAUGAGAUGUUUUGGUGGCCUAGGAUUCCAAGCCAUGGUUUUGGUGGCCUAGAAAACUGAAUUUAAUGGCCUAAGAUUCCAAUAGGGUAAUUUGAUGGCCUAGAAAUCCAAAAAUAUAAUUUGGUGGCCUAGAAAUCGAAAACUAGGGUUUGAUGGCCUAAAAUUGUGACUCUGGUGGCCUAGAAAACCAGAUGAGAUGUUUUGGUGGCCUAGGAUUCCAAGCCAUGGUCUUGGUGGCCUAGAAAACUGCAUUUAAUGGCCUAAGAUUCCAAUAGGGUAGUUUUAUGGCCUAGAAAUCCAAAGAAACCUUAGCCAUGUCACAAAUCACGGUCUUUCACCGGGAAAACGAGAAAAAUUAUUUUUAAAAAAAUAAAAUUCAAAAAAAUUUUUUGAUCUAUUCGUUACGAAACCAAACGCGGGAAAAGUUUUUGAAUUCGAAAAAAAAAUGGAUUUGGUGUUUCGUCUCUCUCAAUUUUUGAAAUGCCGUGUAAAAAUUCAAAAAAAAAUUGCAGGUAGCAUUCGUCAAAUCCGACACGCCACUUCGUCUAAUCUCAUUCGACGAGCGAGUUUUUCGCAGUCGCGACAAAUACGAAGUUCGCAGUCGCGUUGGCGAUUCGCACAACGAAUGGACGCUGACGAUCAAAAAUGUCGACGAAGCGGAUCGCGGAAAUUAUUCGUGUCAAGUCAAUACGGAUCCACCGCAGAUUGUCAGCGGAAAUUUGGAUGUUAAAGGUGAGAAGAGGCUGUUAUGACGUGGCAAAAAACUUCAUUCAGAAAAUGUCAAAAAACUUUAUUAUUUUCCUAUUUUUUUUAACAUUUUUAUGUGAAAAAAAUGUCAAAAAAGGAAAAAAAUAGUUUUUUUCACAUUUGCUGAAAUGAAAUCGAAAAAAAUAUACAGUUUAUUAUUUUUGAUUGUGAGUAGAGACAACGUAAAAUUGAGAGAGUGCAGACAGAAAAAUUAGUUUUUCGCACAAAAAACCUAAUUUGUCUGUCUGCACUCUCUCUCAAUUUCACGUUGUCUCUACUCGAAAAUCUCAUCGGUACCAAGCGCUCCACCGAAAUAAACACGCAACGCAGACCGCGCCGCGCCACAACACACACAAAUAAGGAAACGAGUUUGAAUUCGUUCCCUUAUUUGUAUGUGUUGUGGUGCGGCGCGGUUUGCGUUGGCGUGUUUAUUUCGGUGGAGCGCGUAAACUCUAUAAUUUUGUUUUUCGACGUUUUUCUGCAUUUUUCAAAAAUCCAGAACAUUUCUAUGGAAAUCUUUCCAAUUUUUCGUCCAAUUCUGAAUAUUUUUGAAAUCCUCCCAAAUCUCCACAAAAUGCUUUCUAAAUGCAAAUCAAAUGUGUUUUUCUUCCCAUUUCUUUUUAUUCCUUUGCAAAAUACGGCAAAAAGGGAGUAAAUUACCUUAAGGAUAAUUAAAGGGAAAACACAAAAGCUACAGGAAACCCUUUUGUAUUUGUAAUAAUAAUUAGAAGAAACAAAUAUGGGGAAAUGAGGUUAUCCAAAAAAGUUCAGGGUGGGGAUUGAUCCCCGCACCUUUUGAUUGCUAAUUUUCGCAAAACUCUAACCGACUGCGCCAGCGAAAAAUGUUUCCUGCCUAAUUUUCCACGUAGAUUACGCCACGUGAUUACGAUAUUUUGGGUCUCGAAGCCGUUUUUUUACAGUACCUCCCCAAAUUGCUCGAAAAAAUCCGACAGACUAUAUCAUUCAAGAGGGCGAUAAUGUGACAAUGUUAUGCCGUGCGGAAGGAAACCCGAAACCUACAGUAACCUGGAGAAGAGCCGAUCGACAAAUUAUUCGAUAUAAUGGAGCCCAAUUCUUAUGGAUGUUAGUUUUUUUGGGGGGAAUUUUUUGGGAGUUUGGGUAAGUUGCACGUCAUUUCAUUUCAUUUUGACCCCAACAAACAAAAAUCUGACAUGUACUUUUUUGUCAUUCGAUACUUUUUUCUAUCUAUUUUGUUUCAUUCCACUUCUGCUCGAAUAUUUUUAUUUUUUCCCACGAGUUUUUGGUUUUUCCUGGGGAUUUGCUCAAAAUUUUUGCUCGAAUAAUUAAAUUUGCUCUCGCUCUCUUUAUAACAUGACUAAUUACUGCUUUUGUGAAUAAUUAUAUUUCUCGAGUUUUGACUCGAGAAAUAUAAUUCUUGGAGAAAAAAAAAUUUGUUUCCCGGGUGAAAAAAAGCGGGCAGCUGGGAUCGAACUGGCGCAGUCGGUUAGAGGUUUGGAUGAUUAGCAGGUGGAAGGUGCGGGGAUCGAACCCUCACCUUGAACGAUUUUUGACAUUUUUUUCGAAAAAAAAAAUUCAAAAAAAAAGUUCAGGGUGAGGUUCGAUCCCCUCGCACCUUUAACCUGCUAAUUUCUCCACAACUCUAACCGACUGCGCCACCCACACAGCAUCUAAUUUUUGACGUAGAUCACGAUUUUUUAGCGAGAAAAUCAAUUUUCGGGACCUAAAAAGCCCAAAAUUUCCGGAUGAAAGAUCCCAUCUGUUAACACACAUACACCUUUUACACACCACUCCAAAUUAGUGUUUUUUUAGGAGAUUGAAAUCGAAAUUGCGCAAUAUGUUGUCGGGGCCACAGAGAAAAACGUAA